AUGGCGUUCAACCCGCUCGCCGUGGAGCUGCCGACGAAGCUCGAUUUCCGCAAGCCCGAGGAUUGGACACGAUGGCAUCGCAGGUGGGAACGCUGCCGUCUCAUCUCCGGUCUGACGGGCCAGGACGAAACGACGCAAAUUAACACGUUACUCUACGCCAUGGGGGAAGAAGCGGAAGACGUGCUCACCGCCUUGAAAUUAACAGACGAACAGACGUCAUCAUACGCUGCCGUGGUGAGUGCUUUCGAAAAGCAUUUCCUGCCCCGAAAGAACGUCAUCUAUGAGAGAGCGCGGUUCAACUCUCGGAAACAAGAGCCGCACGAAAAUGUCGACACGUUCGCGACCGAGCUAUUCAAGAUGGCUGAAAGAUGCGAUUACGGAACUCUCAAAGACGAAUUGAUACGGGACAGGCUCGUAGUAGGCCUACGAGAUGUGAAACUCAGUGAGAGGCUGCAACUUGACUCCGAACUCACGCUCGAGAAGGCGAUCACAGCUGCCCGCAAUUCAGAGAGCGUGAAGCAGCAACACAAAGAAAUGCGCUCCAUCGGACAGUCCACUCUCGACGUCGGCGAACUACACGGCCAGGCAAACUCAAAAAAUCGUCGGAAUGAAAUGAAGGCGCCCUCCAGGUCACGCCCGCAACGCAUAGGCAAGAAGGGAGACGAACGCUGCAAGUGGUGCGGAAAUGUGCGCGACCACACGAAGGUACAGUGCCCCGCGGCGAAUAAGACUUGCAACCAUUGCGGGAAAAAGGGCCACUAUGCGUGUGUGUGCCUCUCAAAGCCGAAGGACGAUUUCCCGAGCUCCCGAGAACGGCCUAAAGGACUAGAAGAGCUAUAUUUAGGCGAAGUGACUGUGGAAGCAAAUACGCCGUGGCGGAUUACUGCCACUCUGAACAAGUCGCCUUUCACCUUCAAGGUCGACACUGGCGCGGACGUGACUGCGAUCGCACACGACCAGUACGACAGCAACGUCAUGGGGCCCAUCAAGCCAACGCAACAGCUGUUGAUAGGCCCAGGGCAGACGACGAUAGCCACGGUUGGAUACGUCGAUGCGACAGUCGCCUGGCGCAACACCAAAAUCCAAGAAACAGUCUUCAUCAUCAAAGGACUCAAAGAAGCGCUGCUUAGUCGACCAGCUAUAGAAGCACUCGGGAUUCUUCAACGCCCUCUCGAGUUAGCUGAAACUCGCGCACAAGCAACGGAUGUUCCGGACUUUUUGGCAUCUUACCCUAGGCUAACUCCCGGGCUGGGAUUCAUGAAGACAGAGUACCGCAUCAAAGUCAGAAAUGAUGCCAAGCCAUACGCAGUCACCUACCCGAGGCGCGUGCCACUUCCACUCGUGAAGAAAGAGCUGAAAAGGAUGGAGGACAUGAGAGUCGUCCAGAAGAUUGAGCAUGCGACCGAAUGGUGUUUCCCAAUGGUCGUUGCACGUAAGAAGAACAAUGAGCUGCGCAUCUGCGUUGACUAUGGCCAGCUGAAUCAACAAAUAUUACGUGAACGCGUGCUUAUGCCUACAGUGGAUGAGUGUCUCGCAAAACUUGCUGGUGCAACCGUUUUCAGCCGUCUGGACGCACGAGCAGGAUACUGGCAGGUUCCCCUGGCCAAGGACUCUCGGGAAUACACCACCUUCAUCACACCGGUUGGGAGGUUCCAGUUUCUGAGGCUUCCGUUUGGGAUCUCCACGGCACCGGAGUUCUACCAACGAGAGAUGCUCCGCAUACUCGAAGGACUAGACGGAGUGAGUUGUCUGCAAGACGACAUCAUAAUUUCAGGAAAGACAACUGAGGAACACGACAGUCACAUUACUCGAUCUAAGCCGGAUAGCGUUCCGACAGAGAUGAUCGUAUACUUCGUCGCCAAGGAGUGA